AGGCAACAGCGACGAUGGCGCUGCGUUAGGACCCGUUCGCCUUGGCUCGUCCGUCCGUUUCCCGUGCCUCCAGCUGACAGGGGGGGCUCCGCCAUGGUUUUAUCGGCGCUCCGCCGCGGAUGGGGAUGCCUUCACGGCUGCUGGAUGGGGACGUUGCUGCUGCAGCUGCUGCUGUGGAUUUUAUGCGCCGUGAACGGAGAGGAGCAGCCGUUCAGCGUGGAGACGUGGCUCCAGAGGUAUGGCUACCUCCCUCCUGCAGACCCCAGAAUGUCAGUGCUGCGUUCUGCCAGAGUCGUGCAGUCUGCUAUCGCUGCCAUGCAGCGCCGCUACGGCCUCAACAUCACGGGGAGUCUGGACACCAGCACUGUAGAUGACACCACCAUAAGGUGGAUGAAGAAGCCCAGGUGCGGGGUUCCUGACGAGUUAGGAGGAGCGUCUAAAUUCAGCGUCAGGAAAAGACGCUUCGCCCUCACAGGCCAGAAGUGGCAACAUAAACAUAUCACAUACAGCAUCAAGAACGUGACGCCCAAAGUGGGCGCCGAUGAGACCCACGAUGCCAUCCGGCGAGCCUUCGAUGUGUGGCAAAGCGUGACGCCAUUGCGCUUCGAGGCCGUGCCCUACAGCGAGUUGGAGCGGACCAAAAAAGACGUGGACAUCACUAUCAUCUUUGCUUCGGGUUUCCAUGGUGACAGCUCGCCCUUUGAUGGCGAGGGGGGUUUCCUGGCCCAUGCCUACUUUCCGGGACCGGGAAUAGGAGGCGACACACACUUUGAUUCGGACGAGCCGUGGACGCUGGGCAAUCCACACCAUGACGGUAACGAUCUGUUCCUGGUCGCCGUCCACGAGCUCGGUCAUGCGCUCGGCCUCGAACACUCCAACGAUCCCACGGCCAUCAUGGCUCCAUUCUACCAGUACAUGGACACGGACAACUUCAAACUGCCCAUGGAUGACCUUAUGGGAAUCCAGAAGAUUUAUGGGCCGCCUGAUAAGAAUCUCCAGCCUACCAAGCCUUUGCCCACGGCGCCCCUUCCUCGCUCCCAUCCUCCCUCAGACCCCCGCAAACCUGAUAGGCAGACGCGACCCCCGAGGCUCCCCCCAGGAGACAGCCCUUCCCAUCCCAACGCCAAACCAAACAUCUGCGACGGAGGCUUCAACACCCUGGCUAUACUGAGGGGAGAGAUGUUCAUAUUCAAGGACCACUGGUUCUGGCGGAUGAGGGAUAACUCUGUGGUUCCCGGAUACCCGAUGCUCAUCAGCGUGUUCUGGAGGGGCCUGCCACCCAAAAUCGAUGCGGUCUAUGAGAACAGCGAGGACAAGUUUGUCUUCUUCAAAGGAAAGCAGUUCUGGGUGUUUAAGGACACGGUGUUGCAGCCUGGAUACCCCAAGGACAUCACCCAGUUCUCCCAUGGCAUGCCUUCCCUGAGCAUCGACGCUGCCGUGUGGUGGAAGGAUGUGGCCAAGACCUAUUUAUUUAAAGGAGACAGGUACUGGCGCUACAGUGAGGAAAUGAGAACCAUGGACUACGGCUACCCAAAGCCCAUCACAGUGUGGAAGGGGGUGCCUUAUUCACCGCAGGGGGCCUUCGUCGACAAAGACAAUGGUUUUACGUACUUCUACAAGGGGAAGGAGUACUGGAAGUUCAACAACCAGCUCCUGCGGGUGGAGCCGGGCUACCCCCGCUCCAUCCUCAAAGACUUCCUGGGCUGCGAGCUGAUGCCCGUGGACCCCGGCCGCUCGCCAGCCGACGACGGCAGCUCGGACGUGGUGAUCGAGCUGGACGACGCGGCCAGCACGGUGAAGGCCAUAGCCAUCGUCAUUCCGUGCGUGCUGGCGCUGUGCCUGCUGGUGCUGGUCUACACGGUGGUGCAGUUCAAGCGGAAGGGCACGCCGCGCCACAUACUGUACUGCAAACGCUCCAUGCAGGAAUGGGUCUGAAACGGUGGACGGAAAGUGGAGACGAAUCGGGACAACAGCCCUCGCUUUUACAUAAAAAGGAGGACGGCUGACUUUGGACAGCUUUAAUAA